AUGACCGUUGGCGCAGACUCCGCUGACACGGCCCCUGUGCCAGGCACUGUGCAUCUGGUGGAUUUGGAUCAUAGCAUUCAAGCUCGACAUGCAGGUAAUGGGGACAUUAUCCUCAACCCAGCGCCAUCGAGUGAUCCUGAUGAUCCGCUAAAUUGGUCUCCGCGCCGCAAGCUCACCUCGACGAUAUGUACCAACCUAUACACCUGGAUGACUGGUAUCGCCGUGUCGACAGUGUAUUCCGUCUUAGUACCACUAUCGGAAGCCUCAGGCGUAUCUGUGUCAACGCUGAACGAGGGCACUGGAUACAUGUUUCUGUUCCUCGGUUGGGGUCUUCUCUUCUGGCAACCUUUCGCGCUGCGAUACGGCAAACGUCUUACUUUCCUCAUAUCAGUCGUCGGUGCCAUUGGAUGCAGUAUCUGGAGUGCAUACGUCAAAAGCAACGGCGAGUGGAUAGCUCGAUGUAUCGUCAUGGGCUUCUUCGUCGCACCAGUGGAAGCUCUACCCGAAAUCUCCGUGACCGAUGUUUACUUCACCCAUCAGCGUGGGAAAUACAUGGGGUUCUAUGCGUUCUCAUUGGCCGGUAGCAACUACUUUGCUCCCAUCAUCUCCGGCUUCAUUGCGGAAGGGCAAGGGUGGCAGUGGGUCUUUUACUGGCCGGCAAUCUUCCUGACCGUUUCGCUAAUCAUCAUGUUCCUAUUCAUGGAGGAGACCAACUAUACAAGAAAGAUUGAGGGAGUCGCCGUCACAGCCGAGUCUCCGCAGAGAGACCCAUCCAAGGUCGUGGAUCAAGAGAAGGCCGACACGACGACUUCGCAAUCCACUGCGAGCGAUGAUAUGCGAGUAUCAACAAAGACCUUCACGCAAAAGCUAUCAAUCUGGCAACCGUCCCCGGGAUCAAACGUCUUCGAGCGCGCAAAACGUAGUCUCAUGUACUUGAGCUGGCCCGUCAUCUUUUACGCAGGGUUCAGCUACGGCUCUUACCUCAUUUGGUUCAACGUCUUGAACGCCACUGCUUCGAUCAUCCUCGGCGGCCCAGGGUACAACUUCAAGCCUUCCAUGGUCGGUCUAAGUUACGUCUCUUGCUGCAUUGGCGUCAUUGCUGGAGCACUCUUCUCAGGACGAUUCAGCGACUGGUUGACCAUCAAAUUGGCGCGCCGAAACAACGGCGUCAUGGAGGCUGAACAUCGAUUAUGGCCAUUUGCAGUAUGUUUGGUGAUGGUCCCGGCAUUCUUGAUACUCUGGGGUGUUGGUGCUGCCCAUGGCGUACACUGGUUUGGACUCGUCUUUGCAAUGGGUUGUGUCGCUUUUACUUCAUCAGUCGGCGUCACCAUCAGCGUAAACUACAUGAUCGACAGCUACCACGACAUAAGUGGCGAUGCGAUCGUGACGGUUAUAUUGAUUCGCAACACCAUGUCGUUUGCAAUCAGCUACGGCAUUACCCCGUGGCUGACAGACUUGGGCUACCAGAACUGUUUCAUAUCUGCAGCCUUCGUUGGCAUGGCUGCAUCGGCAGUAUUUCUCGUAAUGAUCAAGUACGGCAAGGGCAUGCGCGUUAAAAGCAGUAGCAGGUACUACAGUAUCGUGGAUGCCGACAAGGCGAUGACCUAG